AUGAUUCCAUUGAUAGUAUUAUUGCUGUCAUCUCUGACAAGAAGUAACCAAUUAACCGAAAAUGAUCAAUUACCUACCAUUCUCAAUGUUUCACCAUCCAUUGUCGAUGGUGAAUCAGGAGAUGUCAUAAAUAUUUCAACAAAUUACAUUUCUUUCGAGAACCCGCUAUGCAAGUUUGGCGACAAAAUACAAAAUGCUACGAUAUUACAAAAUGGACAGCUUAGCUGUCCAACUCCCGAAAUUUUUUAUAACGAAAUUUUACUUUCUUUUUCACCUGAUGGACAAACAUGGUCACAGACAUAUCCAUUAUCAGUUAAUCCAGCUCCAAAUACAACAAAUGUUUACACAUUUUAUAUCUUUAUGCUAGCAAUUUUCAUUAUUUUUAUAUUCAAUCAAUUUAAUAAAGUAAAGCCAUCAGGAAUCAAUUCAAUUACAUAUGAUUCGCAAGAAUCUUCAGAUGUUGCUGUAAAAAAGAAAAAAGAAUCGCGAUCAAUUAAUAGAACUAAGUUUACUUAA